AUGAAGGCGCCCAAGUUUAUGUUCAUCAAUAAAACAGCCGACUCCGAUUCCCUUUCACACAGCCACAAGAGCGAAAGAAUAAAGAUCCACAGCCAUGUCCAGAAGGGACGGCGGUACAAGAAGUCCGAGGGAGGAAUCAUCUAUGCUGCGCAGCUACCGCCCCUUCGGUCUGAGCCACGAGAUGGUCAGAUGAAUGACAGCCAAGACGACCCCGACCACGAGAAAGGCUACAAUGAUGGUUCUUCAACGCAAAAUACAUCGGACCUGGUGCAUUACCAGUCAGAGUCUCCAGUAAAUGGCCAGAGCGAUCACGCUCUACAGCCGCUCGACCCAAACAUCGAUCCGUUGCUUUGGGACUAUUCGCUACCACGUCUCAAGCUAUCAGGCUCGCCUGAAUCAAUACCCAUAUUCCCUGCCUCGGCAGAGGAGAACUUCGAUCCGUUUGAAGUUACAUGUGUCAGGGUCGACGAAGCCAUCUACAGCCUGCUGCACUAUUUCCUUCAGGUGUGGCACCCUAAUGUAUGGCACCUCGAGAGAAACGGCCGGGCCGAUCACCAGUAUGCGUUUCGGCACGACGCUAUGAGUCUGAUCCAAGGCUGCCUUCAUGACGAAUACAACAUGUACGCUCUGCUUGCCUACAUGGCAAGCUACAUGCAAGAUAUCGAUGGGCUUCCGGCACCCGGAGACGGCGCUGUCUACAUGCACCGGGCACUCAGAGCCUCCCAAAACUAUGUGAAGAGUCGGCACCCGAUUACGGGAAGGCUGAUCUUCAACAUCUUCGCUCUGGGCUGUGCAGAGUGGUAUAGGUACAAUCGCGAGGCGGCCUACGUGCACCUCAAGGCCGUUAAAUCUGUUAUCGACUCAAUUGGAGGGUUAAAGUCGCAGGAUGGCCCGCUCGUGGAUCUCUUGUUGACUGGUGAUGCAUAUGUGGCUGGAGAGCUGGAAAGGAAGCCUCUAUGGUCUGACUCUGAUUUCGACAAUGGUGACGACCAUCCCAUGACGGCAUACGGUCUUCAAGAGCUGCAGAAGCUUCUUUCAGGCGCGGUCGCUAUAGGAUCAGGCCUUCUGAGCUCUGCGCAGCAAAAUAUUAUCCCUGCCACCUUGCGCUGGAUUAUUUUGGAUCUCGCCGUGUUGCUUUCUGUCUACAGGUCCUCGCAGUCCUUGGGGUCCGCGGCCGAAGAUCAACUCUCUGCUCUCGAAGGGCUCCACUGGAUCAACGUGCGUAGCAUCGCCAUCAGACACCGGCUACUGCAUCUUGACCUGGCGGAUGAGAGAAGUGCUGCCAUCCGUACUGCGAUUGUGAUGUGGAUGUUUCUGUGUUUUACUGUCACUGGACGAGUUCGGUCGGCCAAAGUCAUGGCUCCGUUGUUACGAGAUAGAGUGUCCUCAGUGUCCGAGAAAGACUGGGAAGGUCACGAGGAAGUCCUGCUGUGGGUUUUGAGCAUCGGUGCGCUGUCUGCCCAGGUGGGCUCUGAAACCCACACAUGGUUUGUGGCCCGGAUGAGUUCUUUGCCUGUCAUCAACAGCGGAGCUGCGGAAGCGGACAGAACUUUUGCAGCCCUCGUCACCCUCGCUGAGAAGUUCUUCUAUCUGGAGUCGGCACAGAAGAAUGAUUUCAGGGCUCUCGCUGACGAUGUCCACGAUAUGUUACAAACAAGCAUGGGAGAAUCAAAGAGCGCAUCCACGUCGCCUAAGGGCUCCAAGCGUUGA